AUGCUCCCAAGAUCACGUUUCAUGACUCACAUUCCUCCCCAACUCAAAAUAAUAGUGUCUGGUUACGAUCCUUCUCAUAUAUGCUCUUUGGUCAUUUGUGGCAUUUGUGAACAGCAUACCGAGAUAAUAUGCAUGGAUCAAGGUAUUGAUCCAAUUUCUAAGACAUAUCGCUUGGAAUAA